AUGAGCUCAAAUAAUUUGGCCCAACCGCGCCAAACCCAACAGCAGGGGGAAGGUAGCAGUGGCGUCAGCGAACACAUCGAAGGGGGUAAAAGCGCCCAUGGUACUGGUGACGUCAAGGGGGAUGAAGCGGCAGAGGGCACCGAUGAAGGAAAUAAAAAUGCAGACAUAAAAGGGACCCAAAAAGGAGAAGCAAACGACGACCUAAACGAUGUUAUCAGUAAAUACUUAAUGAAUGUCGGCUGUCAGGAAAAGGUCGGCUCAAUCGAUAACGCUGGUGGCCUUGUCACCAUCUGUGGAGACAACCUGUACAGAAACAUCUGCGAGAAGGGAUACAGCCAAAUGACGAUCGUUCAGAAGUACUCUAUCCCAAUAAUAAAGAAAAAAAUGAAUUUGAUUGCAUCCUCACAAACGGGAAGUGGGAAAACUUUUUCCUUUCUCUGUCCAGUAGUAACAAAUUUGAUGGGAGAUAACGACACGUUGAGGCCUCAUUUCCCCGGGGCCUACGCGUGUGUUUCUCCCCUGGGGUUGGUCCUGUGUCCCACAAGAGAGUUAGUCCUUCAAAUUUUGAACGAGGUAACUUUUGUAAAUUACGAAGGGGUUAACAGUUUGACGAAAAAUAUGGAGCUCGUUUGUAUGGCCUUCUAUGGAGGAGAGACGAUGAAGGACCAGAUUGUGCAGAUAAACGAACGGCAGGCGGACAUCAUCGUGUCAACCCCGGGGCGACUACUCGAUCUGAUGAACAGCUGUAAGGUCAGUCUAUCGUUUGUAAAAUAUUUAAUCUUCGACGAGGCAGAUGAAAUGAUUUCCCUUGGCUUGAAGGAACAGAUGGACGACAUUCUAUUCGAAAAGGACCUUUGUGCCAAUGAUGCUAGGCAGACCAUACUGUUCACGGCGACCUUCUCCGAGAGCCUGCGGGAGGACAUAGAAAAGUUCAUGGCUACUCCGUAUGUGUUUUUGAAUAUCACGCAGAAGAGGGAGGUGCGUAAUUCUAUUAAGCAGGUCGUCAAGUACGUGCCUGCGAAGUGCAAGCAGGAUGAGCUGCUCAAGGACCUGAAGACUCUGCAGGGACAAGCCAUCAUCUUUGUGGAGCUGAGAAGCUCAAUUAAUUAUAUUUUCUCUGCGUUGAAGUCGAACGGGUAUGACGUGAAUUACCUGCACGGAAAAAUGAAUCAGCCUCGAAGACAAGCCGUAUUUCAACAGUUCCGCGAUAAAGAAUUUCAAAUUUUAAUAGCUACCUCCAUCGCGGCAAGGGGUUUAGAUUUUCCCGACCUAGAGUUAGUAAUAAAUUAUGACCUGCCAGCCGAAUUCGAGCAGUACAUGCACAGGAUAGGUAGGACGGGACGGAUUGGGAAAACUGGACUAGCCAUUAACUACUUUAAUAGCUCGAAUAGAAAAAUUAUUGACAAGCUCAUCGACCAUUUGAAGAAGCACGACCAGACCGUACCCCAGUGGUUGCUCAAUUUUAACUAG